AUGUUAUCUCGUGGUCGACCGUGUCUGAAAAGACGUAGUCUAUCUACCGUCUUAGACACCGUUGCGGCUAGUCCCGAAGAACCUCUCCUAUUCCUGUACCCUCGCUGGGUGGGUUCGGCUGUACGACAACACCGGAGUCUUGUUUCCUCGUCAGGUCCUUCGCCGUGUGGAAAUGGGAAUGUAUAUAACGCUGCUGCUCGAAGGAGGACGGUAGCGAAGCCGCCACCGGCGGGACGGAAGCUCUCGUUUGGGAGCUCGUCGAGACGGUGGGUUUCGACGACGGCGGCGGAGGCUGCUGUGAAGACGGAGGUAAAGCAGGAUGUUGUUCCGCCUGAGCAGGGGAAGUCGGCAGCGGCUCCGCAGAAAGGGAAACGUGGUGAAGAGAAUGCCGACACCGGACCGCCUGCAUCUAUCUAUAACCAAUUAGACAAUGACCCGGAAACCGAGGUGAAGAGCGAAAGACACGUUUUCAAUAUCUUCUCCGAUUUACAGACGCGACCUGUGCAGCCGACAACGGGCCGGAAGGGUAUGAGAUCGUCGGCUGGUGAAACGCCCGCUAUUGCGCUGAAGCGACUAUCGCACCGCGACCGACGGAAGUUGAGAUAUCGGCUGUUUUUGACGAAGCAGAGUCAGGGUCGUGAUAAGGGAAAGAAUAACCAGUGGAAUAAGUGGACGAAGAUCCGGGAGAUGUUGGAGGAGAUGCAUGAGGAUACGCAUGUCUGGGCGAAGAAGGGUGUCAAGCAGAAGGAAUUGCUCGUGCCGGAGGAGACGAUCGCGCUGUUGACCGGCGUCACGGACAUGGCGUUGAAGGAGAAUGUUUGGUAUGUGCCGGUGCAUAAUGGGUGCAAGGUGCAUGUGCUGCGUCCGUUGCAGAGCCAGGGUCGGUUUCGAAGAGUGAUUCUGUCUGGCUCGGAGCGGGUGGUUGAGUUGGUCAGCGAUAGGAUUGCGCAGGCGAGGAGACUGCAGGAGCAGAGCGAUCCUCUGGUCGAUAUUCAAAUCCCGCUUUUCCCGAUCAUCCCGUCUAUUGAAGCGCUGAAGCGUCAGGGUGCGCCCGUGCCGUUGGUUCGAGGUGUAUGGGAUAUACAGUCGGCUGUCAAGCAGGCCGCGAAGUUGCAUAUGGUUCUACCUGCUGGGAAGAAUUUGUCUGGAAUUAGGGACUUCGCGGAACAUGUGGAGGAAUUGACGAGGUCGAAACCUUCGUAUAACUCGAAGAUUCCCUAUUCGCACCAGAAGCAGGUGGCGCGGGCCCUUGUGCAGCUGUUCCGGAAUGAGGCAUAUUCCAGCUUUAUGUCGACGGCGGCGCUGAAUCGAGCGCUGUCAUAUCUGCUCGACCAUGAGUUUCUGAAUGCCGCCCGCGACAUCUUCCUCAAGUCCGAACACCUUGCGACGGUGGAUACCUUUAAUAUCCUCCUGAAGUCUGCGGCUAAGAGGCAAGACCUCCGCUUCUUCCGUCAGUUCUUGCUUGCCAUGUCUCGACUGAGCAUUCGGCCUGACCCCAACACAUGGCUCACCCUGCUAGAUUGCCUGGUUGCUCCCAAGGCGAAAGCAGAUCUCGUCACGUAUAUGCUGCAGCGCGGGUACCUGGAGAACAUGGGUGCGAUGCGGACGGCGCUACACCUGACCCUGCCCAACACGUUCCGAGCACACUUAGAAAGUGGCAAGAGCGUGGAUUCAUUCAUCAGGCAGACCGCCGACUCCUGCGGAGACAGCUGUUUCGCUCCAUCGUUGAUCAGCCAGAUGUUCGGUGUCAUCGUCCGGCUGAAAGACUUUGCUGCCCUGGACCGGCUAUUCGACAUCUGCAAGCAGAACGACCUAACCUUCAACAGUGCUACCAUCACCCAAAUUCUGUCUCUGUUCCGAGCAGACAUGCCCACCGCUCUGCGGUAUCUCUUCCGAUGCCUUGAGCGCCCGGAAACGAAGCUCGAACGGCACGCAUGGGAGCGACUCUUCCUGGUCGCUUUCAAAGGCCAAUACUACAACAUCUGCCGGGUUCUCUGGAGGUACGCGUGCAUGUCCGGGAACGUAACAUACAAGAUGAAGCGCACGGUCGUGACUUCCUUGAUUCGCAACGUGCCCCGAAAGCCCGAGACCAAUGUCCAUACGAUCUGGGAUGUGAGUGCGGGUAAAGUCAUCGUAGGACUGGAUCUGCACCGUCCCGACCAUAAGCUCCAGACCACCGUGCUCGACAAACUACCCCGGGAGUAUCGCACCAACCCCAUCGCCUAUUUGAGUUCAGGCUAUAAGCCCAGCGGCGAAGAGCGGGAGCAGCAGAUCCAAGUGGCCUCUGCGCUCACGCAGCAUGAUAUCGAGAUCGGUUCCUGGCAUCGCCCGCAGUUUCCUCUGCUGAUUAUGUUGGAGGCCGCCUCGGUCUUGGAUCAAGAGUGGCGGAAGGUGCCGCGGCCGGUACACUGGCUGGUCCAGAAUGCCAUUCGCGUGCCGGUGAGGAAGUCGAUGUAUCCGGCUUGA